UGAUGAACAUUUCAGUGAUCACCAGUGGUCAAUGAAAAAAAAAACAUUUAAGGAAUCAUUGACCUUCAAGGACGUGUUCGUGGACUUCACCCUCGAGGAGUGGCAGCAACUGGACUCUGCCCAGAAGAACCUCUACAGGGACGUCAUGCUUGAGAACUACAGCCACCUGGUGUCCGUGGGGUAUCUGCUUGCCAAACCAGAUAUGAUCUUCAGGUUGGGACCAGGAGAAGAGUCCUGGAGGGCAGAUGGAGGGACCCCGGUGCGCACCUGUGCAGGUGAGGACAGGCCAGUGUUUCACUAUGGAAGGUUAAGAUUGAACUCAUCAUGCUGCUCCUGUCACCCACCCAAAGAAGUCUGGCAAGUUGACAAGCAGAUAGAUUGCUACAAGGAAAGCCAAGACAAACUUCCGUGGCAAGCUGCAUUCACAGGCAAAGAAACACUGAAGGAUGAAAGUGGUCAAGUAUGUAAAAUAUGUAGAAAAAGCAUUUUUCUCAGCACAGACUUUGUUUCUGUAAAACAAAGGCUCCCUAAAUAUUACUCAUGGGAAGGGUGUUCAAAACAUAAUUUAAACUUUCUUAGUCAAAAUAGAAGCUAUGUAAGAAAGAAAGAUGAUGGAUGUAAGGCAUAUUGGAAAGUAUGCCUCCAUUCUAACCUUCAUAAAGCUCAACCUGUGGAGAAAUUUUUUGACCCUAAUCAACAAGGGAAAGCCCUCCACCAAAAGCAAGCCCUUCAGAAAAGUCAGAGAAGUCAAACUGGGGAGACACUCUACAGAUGUACUCAGUGUGGAAAAGGGUUUAUCCAGAAAGCAAACUUAGUUGUACAUCAAAGAACUCACACUGGAGAGAAACCUUAUGAAUGCUGUGAAUGUGCAAAAGCCUUCAGCCAGAAGUCAACCCUCAUAGCACACCAGAGAACUCACACAGGGGAGAAGCCCUAUGAAUGUAAUGAAUGUGGAAAAGCCUUUAUUCAGAAGUCAACUCUGAUUAAACAUCAACGAACUCAUACGGGAGAGAAACCAUUUGUAUGUGCCAAAUGUCCAAAAGCCUUUAAAAGUUCAUAUCAUCUUAUUAGACAUGAAAAAACACACAUUAGACAAGCAUUUUAUAAAGGUAUUAAAUGUACUACAUCUGGCCUUAUAUAUCAAAGGAUUCACCCAAGUGAGAAACCUGAGUGCAGUAAACUUGGGAAAACCUCUGAUGAGAAGCCUAGUCCCACUAAACAUCAGAUAACUCACACAAAAGAGAAAAUUUAUGAGUGUAGUAAAUGUGGGAAAAGCUUCAGAGGUAAGUCACACCUCUCUGUUCAUCAGAGAAUUCAUACAGGAGAGAAACCCUAUGAAUGUAGUAUAUGUGGGAAGACUUUCAGUGGAAAGUCACACCUCUCUGUCCAUCAUAGAACUCAUACAGGAGAGAAACCUUAUGAAUGCAGAAGAUGUGGGAAAGCCUUUGGGGAGAAGUCAACCCUUACUGUACAUCAGAGAAUCCAUACAGGAGAGAAACCCUACAAAUGCAACGAAUGUGGGAAAGCCUUCAGUGAGAAGUCACCACUGAUUAAACAUCAGAGAAUUCAUACAGGAGAGAGACCAUAUGAAUGCAGUGACUGUGAAAAAGCCUUCAGUAGGAAGUCAACUCUCAUUAAACAUCAGAGAAUUCAUACAGGAGAAAAACCUUAUAAAUGUAGUGAAUGUGGGAAGGCCUUCAGUGUGAAAUCAACUCUCAUUGUGCAUCACAGAACUCAUACAGGAGAGAAACCUUAUGAAUGCAGAGACUGUGGGAAAGCAUUCAGUGGGAAGUCAACUCUCAUUAAACAUCAGAGAAGUCACACAGGUGAUAAAAACCUAUAAGUAUACUUGAGAGUGGGAUAAUUAUACUAGUAAUUAUACCUCAUUACAUGUUAAAUAAUUCAUCAUGGGGAGUAAUCUUAUAAAUGUCAAGAAUGUUGGAAACUCUUCAUAUAUUAAUAUUCAUUUAACUUAAUAAAAGGUACAGAAGUAUAA